UGGCCCCUUCGGCCUCCGCGAUGCUGCCCUGGAGACGGAACAAAUUUGUGCUGGUGGAGGAUGAGGCCAAGUGCAAGGCGAAAAGCCUGAGCCCGGGGCUCGCCUACACGUCGCUGCUCUCCAGCUUCCUGCGCUCCUGCCCGGACCUGCUGCCGGACUGGCCGCUGGAGCGCCUGGGCCGCGUGUUCCGCAGCCGGCGCCAGAAAGUGGAGCUGAACAAGGAGGACCCGACCUACACCGUUUGGUACCUGGGCAACGCCGUCACCCUGCACGCCAAGGGCGACGGCUGCACCGACGACGCGGUGGGCAAGAUCUGGGCGCGCUGCGGGCCGGGCGGGGGCACCAAGAUGAAGCUGACGCUGGGGCCGCACGGUAUCCGCAUGCAGCCGUGCGAGCGCGGCGCCGCGGGGGGCUCGGGGGGCCGCCGCCGCUGCCUCGGUGCCCCGCGCCCCGCUGCGCCGCCUGCUCAACGCCAAGUGUGCCUACCGGCCACCGCCGACGGAGCGCGCCCGCGGAGCGCCGCGCCUCAGCAGCAUCCAGGAGGAGGACGAAGAGGAGGACGAGGAGGACGCGGAGGAGAGCGAGGGAGGAGCCCCUCAGCGCGAGCGGCCGGAGGUGCUGAGCCUGGCGCGGGAGCUGAGGACGUGCAGCCUGCGGGGUGCCCCGGCGCCGCCGCCACCUCCCGCGCACUCCCGCCGCUGGAAAGGCGGCCCCCGGGAGCGCGCCGGACAGGCACGCUGAACUCACAGCCUCUGAUCUGGCUGCCGUUGCGGCUUCCCUGGCCCCCGACCCCGCCUCCCUCGUGGUCUCAGUUGUGAUCGCCUUGUCCCUCGUCCUGGCUCAGGGUGACACCUGAUAUGCCCUUGACUAUUGGGGGAUCCCCCCUCUCUCCAAGCCCGGAGUUUUCUGGGCCCUCCAUUGUGGAAGUGUCCCUGUGCUCUGCACCAAGUGUUUUUGUCCACCCACUUCCCUGCUUCUUUCCAAAACAUCCUCUCAGGAGAACCGGGAGAAGUUUCCAGAAAUCCAGGAGGGUGGGUUUGAACCUUGGCCCGGGUAGAGGCAGUGGCCCUGCCCUGGUCAUCUUGUAAUAAGAACCACCCGGAAAGGCCUUCUUGUAGGAGCAGAAUCCAGUGGCUGGGGAGAAUUGAGGCCAGGUCCCUGAUGGACACUGAGUCUGAGGUUAUAAACAGAGGGCAGAAUCCUGGACUCUGCUCAGCCUCUCUACCUGUUGGAGGACUCCCGCAACUUCACUGCUCUGCCUCUGGAAGACUAGGAUGGUCCUACUGAUGUUUAAAGGAUAGGUUGGCCCGGUAACAGCUCUGACAGCUCUGCACCAGCCUGGGCCUUGUAUUCCCACAGGAUUCCCCAUCGCCCCCUCUCUGCAGACAGAUAAGUAUGGACCACUGUAGGUAUCCCACAAACAGCACCAAGACGGGCCUCCAGAGGAAGUAAGGGAAACUUCAGCAGAUGUGUAGAGACACAGACUCCCCCAGCAGAGAUGCCCUGAGUCAAGCAAGGCUCCAGGGGCAAGCUGUCUUGACAGCAGCUGAAUUCACAUAGCAGGAUGAGGGAAGACAGUGUGUUCCCCCAAUAGAGGGAGUGGGCCCCUGCCCAGGAGUCUCCACAGGGUUACCAAAAGUCCAAAGAUCUACAUGUCACCAACUGAUCGUUGUAAAUAAAAUGGAUCUGCUUUUUCAGCCCUGU